AUGCAACAUAUGGAUGCUACUUCAAGUAAUACUGACAAGUAUGAAUUGAAGGAAGACCGAAUUAGCUUAGAGAAAGAAAAAGAUGAUACAAAAAGUGAAGGUUGGGCAGAUCAAUAUAACCAAAAUUAUGAUACAAAGAAGAAUAUUCUUAAUGUUGCUCAAAAAAAUACCAAAAAUUUGGAAUUUGCUGUUUCAACUAAAAGUAGUAGUUUUCGUCAUCUUCACAUCCAAUGUAAACAUGAUAAUCAGCCUAAGAAUUGUUGGAAUCUAACAAUAGAUAAACGGAAAAGAAAAAAGAUGAGUAAACUCUGUGGAUAUUCCUAUUUAAUCAAAGCAAUUCCAAAUGAUUCUAAGUGGUGUGUUAUAGAAACUAAAAAUGAAUAUAAUCAUCCAAUGGUGAAGGACGUGCAAGUUUUUUAUGAACACCUAAAAAUGUUAAAAGCAGAUGCAAAGCCUAGCAUGAUCUAUGAGGUUGUUAGAAGUGAAGACAGAACUCCAACUGCAACAAGAAAAGAUAUAUCCAACUUAAGUAUACAGAUCAAUUCUUUAGAAGAAACAGCAUUAAUGGCAGCAUUAAUAACAGACAAGUUCAUUCAUUUGAGAGAAUGUGAGGCAUUAAAUGCUGCGAUAACUAUCUAUAAGAAGCUGGCUUCAUUAAGUUCCAACGAAAGUGAAGUUUUAAAAUAUCUUGAUAG